AUGGAGGAAGAGGAGGGCGUGAGGAUGGAGCAGUGGCAGUUGCGGCUGGAGCUGGAGGCAUCCCCACGGCAGGGGCGGGGCUCGCCCCUCAUGCCCGUCACCGUGGACCAGGUUUUGGCGGGAAAGGGUACGAGCGCAUCCUGGGACUCCAUGGCCGUGCCGAGCUUCGACAAGAUGCCCGUAUACUUGUCGGAGAGAACGGAGCAGAGCAGCGUGGAGGAGGACCCCUCGGAACCCUCCCGGCAAGGGCCGGAGGACACUUGGCGAGUGUGCGCGAACGAAGAGGAGGACGGCGAGGCCGACGUCGCGACGAAUGUCCAGAGGCUCCUGCGGGGCCAGAGGCGCUUGGAGCAGCUGCUCACGCGCCUGGUGAGUGGGGAGGGGGUGCACGAGGAGCAGGCGGUGACCCGGUCGCCUACCAACGGCGAGACUGUGCGCGCGGCGGUCGGGAGGAGCGGAGGGACGGCGAGCGCGGCCCCGUUCGAGGUCCCGCAGGUGCGCGACGGCUGGCAGGGUACGGACGAUGACCUCAGGCUGGCGUGUGAGACGGAGCGUGCCAACUUCGUAGUCGACGACCUGACGGACGACAUGACGAAGGACCCGGGGUCCUCAUUUCUAUUUCCCGGCACCUUCCGCGCCGUGUUGUCGAACCCUGGUCCGGACAAAACGUGCCUGGUUUGGAGCCCAUCGUCUCGCCUGAGACUCUUCAUGGACCUCCUCAGCGUGGUUGUACUCGCGUACGACGUGCUCUCCUUGCCCUACCUGCUCGCUUUUGAGAUGCCCCAGAGGGGGCUGAUAAUGCAGCUGUCGGUAGUAUCAGUCGUCUUCUGGACGCUCGACCUGGCCUUCCGUUUCCGAACAGGCUUCUGGCACCAAGGGCGCCUCGAGAUGAGACCGCGGGCGAUCGCCCACCAAUAUUUAAGGAGCGCUUUUGCGAUUGACUUGUCCCUGGUCCUCCUCGACCUCAUCGCGAUUGCAUUAAGCUAUCUGGCGGACAACCAGCCUGGUGAGAUGGACGUGUUCAGACUGUGGCGGAUUGGCAAGAUUACGCGAGUCAUGCGCUGCAUGAGCUUUCUCAGGCUGAGGUCGGUUGCGGACAUCAUGGAGCGAGUGUCCCAGCGCAGUAAGAUUCUACAAGCUACCAGCAUGGUCAUAUACGACGUCGUCAGGAUCGUGUUCAUGAUACUGUGGCUCAACCACGUCAUCGCUUGCAUGUGGGUUGGUAUCGGGAAAAACGCCUCGAGCGACACGGGCCUGUCGUGGCUCGAUCUGCCGCUAGGUGGCCCGGAGUACGAGCCGUACAGGUCCGCUGGAGAUCCGUAUUUGUAUUCCACGGCCUUCCACUGGGCCUUGACGCAAAUGACGCCGGGCUCCAUGCAGGUCUUCCCAGUGAACUUCACCGAGCGCGUCUUCAAUUCCGUCGGCCUCGUCUUCGGCGUUCUCGUGUUCUCGACGCUGAUAUCAUCGAUAUCCUCCUCAGUGACCCAGUUCAAGAUCGGCAUUGCGAGCAACACGCACCAGAUGGACAAGCUGAACCGUUUUCUUAGGAAGGUCGAUGUCAACCCCUCGCUCGCGAUUCAGGUGCGCAAGCAGGUGCGGGACAAGAUGAAGUAUCAGAAGCCACUGGUGAGCAAGGACGUGGAGGCGCUCGAUCUGCUCCCCCUCUCUAUGCAGGUGUCCCUGCAGAUGGAGCUGUGCCGCGGACACCUGGAACUGCAUCCCUAUUUCUGCUUCGUGAUGGCGGUGGACGUCCUCACGGCCGAGGAGCUGUGCCACAGCUGCGCGGAGUUCUCCGUGCUCGGCAGGAGCGACACGCUCUUCCUCGCGGGCGUGGAGGCCGUGGGGAUGUUCUUCGUCACCAGCGGCGCGCUGGAGUACGCGUUCGGGGGGCGCCGGCCGAGAAAGACGAUCCGCUUCCUGGGGAACACCCCGAUCGAGGUGGCCAGGCAGCCCACCGCGAGGGAGCCGCAGCUCUCGGAGCUGGUGGAGCAGGGCCAGUGGCUCGCCGAGGCGGCGCUGUGGUGCGACUGGCGGCACGCGGGCACCGCGGAGGUGGGCACGGCGCCGUCCUGCGAGGUGCUGCGCGUCGAGGCGGACAGCCUGGUGCGCUUCAUGAUGGUGCGCAAGGGCGCCGUCGGCCAGUCGUCCUGGGCGUACGCGCGCAGCUUCCACGCGCUGCUGACCGAGGCAGCAAACAGCCCGAUGCACAACAGGUCCAGUCGGCCCUCCGACUUGCGCUUGCCCUUCUACACGGAGGAGGUCAUUUCCAACCUGCCAGCUGGGGCCAGGGCAUUCGUGGGCAACGUCGCCCUGUGCGAGCUGAAGGCAUCGUUGGGCAGCGUGCAGAGUUGGGUGGCCUCACUGAGCGAGGGUUGGCCCAACAUCGAGAGGCUGCGCGAGGACCUGGAGGGCGGCAACAGCUCGCUGGUCCUCUCCAGGGGGAACAAGUUCGGGGUGCAGCGCGUCGUCACCAUGGUCGCGCUGCACCUCUGCAGGGAGGACGGGCGCGUGCUCGUGGCGCUGCGGCGGCCGAACGCCUCCCAGGAGGGCGCGGAGGCCAAGCUGCCUGGCCUCACACAGGCGGAUGGGGAAUACCCCGAGCAGUGCUACCAGCGUCUGCUGGACAACUACGUCGGCGCCAUGGCUCCGGGCAUCGUGCUCGAUGGUGUCGAGAGGCAGUACGAGGAGACGAUGGAGGAGGACCUCGGGGUCUCCACCAGGUGCAUCAAGAUCGUGUUCAACGCCCGCUGGGAGCCACCGCCUGCAGUGAUGGAGAGGGUUCUGAGCAGGAGGGGCUCGAUGGACGCCACGGGGCCCCUGCCGACUCGUGACUCCCAGGGCGACCUCCUGCAGACAGACGAGGUCUUCCGCCUGCCGGGCGGCGCCAUGGUUGCCUGGUUCACGCCAGAGGAGCUCCAGAGGAUCAGCGGGGCGGACGGGACCACGGCUCUCGGCCAGUGGCUCUCCAGGAUCAACUUUCCCCUCAAGGCCUCGCGGCGCCAGAGGAGGGACUCCAAGCUGAGGGAGGACGAGCUGUCUGGAGAGCUCAGGGAGAAGGACCAGGACGCGGAGUCCCCGGCGGCCCUGUGAGGCGCGCUCCGUCGCGCCGGCGCCUCAGCGCUCCCAACCACCUCCCUCCCCCCCUCCCUCAGGAGUCCGGCCCGCCAAGUGGCCGUCUUCUGUUCUCUGGCUGCCGGCGCGGGGCUAGGGCGUGAGACUUGGGCGCUGCGUAAUGGGGCCACGCCCAAGAGACGCGCAGUGGAGUGCACAUCCUUCCUUUCUGGCGGGCCGGCGGGGCGACGUGUCGGCGUGCCCACCACUCGGCGGCGAAGUCCGCACCCGGCCCUCCCCGAUCCACGAUGCAGGCAGCUCGAUGGGCGGCGGGGGUAGGCUCCGGAACUCGUCGAGCACGCGGCGGAUUCCGAAAAUCCCCCGCCGCCCAUGUUUUGUGGAUAGUCGAUGGUUGGUGGUGGUAGGGCUUGAAUGCCGCCUCCUAUGUGCGUAGAGUUCACGUCGCUCCUUGCUGGCUGGCCGGCUAUGCGAUAUGCUGGCUCUUCACCCACAAGAGCAUCGCAAUCAGUGGUCGCAUGAGCCGUCUGCUUAAUUGCUGCGCCGAGCCGUGCAAGCAGGGUUUUGCGUUGACACUGGUCUGCAGGCCCAUGUUGCUGCUUCGCUUCGUAACUGUCUCAGACGUUUUUCCUUCCCCGUUCACGUUGCCUCUUCCCCUGUUCCGCUGCUCGGCGAGUCUGUGCAGAAUCACCUGCCGAUGCGCGCCUUUUUCAGCAGGCUGGCGUGCCCAUGUAUUUGCUUGCCUGCCAUUUCCAUAGUACUGCAAGCGGUUAACGGAUGAAUGGCUAAGAAUCGAGCUCGGUCUUUGAAUAGGGCCUGGGUUCGUUCCAGCGUCUGGUUAACUGCCUGGCCGCCACGCCCCACUGAAAGAACAAAGCUUGCUGGGAGGAUCGGCGGGGAUGGGAACAUGUAGCUAAGAGGUGAUGUGCACCAGCGCCGUCACCAUACUCCGACGUAGCGUGUCAGUGUACCCACGCAAGCAUAGCAUCCGAACAGACGCCCGCCAGUCCGCAGGCAGCUUGACCUUCAGGCAGGGACUAAAGCGCUCGCGCAAGCACGGGCUCUGCCUUCAGCAGUCAAGGA